AUGUCGACCAAUACACAAACCCUCGUCAAUAAUAUGACGGUACCUCGUUUCAGUGCAUCGUUAUGUAAUAAUCAACAUUUUGUUCUCGUCUGGUUAGACGUAAGAAUUACCGAUUACAAUCAAGACAGCAUUAAUACGCUACAUGAAUUGAAACGCGUUGUAGGUGUCAUCAAUACAUUCGUUGACAUUGAUUCCUGUACAGAUUUCAUCAAGAGUACCGAAAAUGAGAAAAUUUUUAUGAUUGUUUCUGGUUCACUAGGUCAAACUAUUGUACCACUUAUUCAUGAAAAAUCUCAAGUAACUUCGAUCUAUAUUUUCUGUGGUGACCGAUCAAACCACGUAGAUUGGGUGAAAGCAUGGUCAAAAAUAAAAGGUGUUUUUAUGAAUAUAUUACCUAUUUGCGAUGCACUUGAGCAAGCCGUACGACAAUGUGAUCAAGAUUCAGUUCCACUUAGUUUUUUCCAGACGGAUGCUGAGUCAUCAACAAUACAGCUAGAUCAAUUGGAUCAAUCAUUUACGUAUACAAGUUUAUUGAAAGAAAGUUUAUUUAAAAUACGUUUUAGUAAAAGAACUGUCAAGGAAUUUACUGCCUAUUGCCGAACACAAUUUUCUGAAAAUGAUUUAGAUAUGAUCGAUAAAUUCGAAUCUAAUUACAAGCGAUUAAAAGCCAUAUGGUGGUAUACUAAUCAAUGUUUUCUGUAUCCUAUGCUUAAUCGAUCUUUACGUAUGAUGGAAGUUGAUACUAUUAUUAAAAUGGGUUUUUUUAUGCAAGAUCUACAUCGUCAUAUUAAAAAAUUACACAAAGAACAAUUACAAGAUAAAGAUUCAACCGAACUAUUUAUUGUUUAUCGUGGUCAAGGUCUAUCGAACGUAGAUUUUACUAAAAUGAUGAAAGCGAAAGGUGGAUUGAUAUCGUUUAAUAGUUUUUUGUCUAGCAGUAGAAAAGAAAGCAUAGCACAGAUUUAUGCUCGUCGUGCCAUUACUGAAUUUGGUUUAAUGGGUAUUGUCUUCAAAAUGUUAAUCGAUCCAUCUAUUUGUUCAACUCCUUUUGCACUCAUAAAUGAUCUUAGUUUUUAUAGAUCAUCAGAACAAGAGAUUCUUUUUUCUAUGCAUACUAUUUUUCGUAUUGGUGAAAUUAAAAAACUCGAAUUUCACAAUGAUCGACUUUGGGAAGUGGAACUCACAUUAACAAGUGAACAAGAUCAACAAUUCAACGCACUGACUCAACUUAUCCGGAGAGAGACUGGCGAAGAGAACGGAUGGUAUGCUUUGGGUCAGUUGCUUCUGAAAUUAGGCAAAUUUGAGAAGGCUGAAGAAAUGUAUACACGAUUACUGAAUGAAACAUCGAAUAGCACUGAAAAAGACUUUAUUUAUCAUCAGUUAGCGUGGAUUAAACAUAAUAUAGGAGAUUAUACAGCUGCAAUAAAAUUAUAUGAAACAUCACUUAAAAUCGAUAGUGGCGUUUUUUAUUCGUCCGGUUUGACGUUAGCUACGACCUAUCACAACAUGGGUUUAGUAUAUGAGAAAUUGGGUGACUAUAUUAAAUCGCAAGCAGCACAUGAUAAAGCGUUGAAAAUAUAUCGAGGUAUACUCGAUCCGGAUCAGCUAGAUCUUGCGACUUCAUUGGGUCAUAACGGCUUAAUAUAUGUUAAAUUGGGAGACUAUAUUCAAGCACUUUCAAAUCAUAAAGAAGCAUUGAAAAUCUAUGAGAAAAAAUUACCUCCGAAUCAUCUGUUAUUGGCUACAUCCUAUCAUAAUAUUGGUCUAGUAUAUGAUAAAAUGGAUGAUUAUGCAACAGCACGUAUGUUCUACGACAAGACACUUGCAAUUUAUCGAAAAACCUUACCACCAAAUCAUCCUGAUUUAGCUGUGUGUUAUCAAAAUAUUGGUAAAACAUUAGAAAAGAUGUGCGAAUAUGAGAAAGCACUUAAAUAUCAUACGAAAGUACUUGAAAUUUUUCAAAAGACUCUCCCAUCAAAUCAUAUCGAUCUGGGUAAUUGCUAUAGUAGUAUUGCAUUAGCUUAUAAUCAUGUGGGUGAAUAUUCAAAAGCAAUUCCAUUUUAUGAGAUUGCACAAAGCAUUUUUACGUCAGCUCUACCGCCCAAUCAUCCUGAUUUAAUUAGUCUGUACAACAAUAUCGGCGAAGCAUAUGAUAAUAUGAAAGAACAUGUUCAAGCACUUUCAUAUUAUAGUAAAGCAUUGCAACUAUAUCAACAAACUCUUGUUUUAAAUGAUUCCUUAUUGGCUUCGAUAUAUUUCAGAUUAGCCCAUAUACAUUACAAUAUGAACUGUUAUGAUAAAGCUCUAUUCUUUGCCGAACAAAGCAUCGAUAUUUCAAAACGUGUAAUUACUCUAAAUCGUCACGAUAUUGAGAUACACAAUAGAACUGUAGCGUUAGUAAAAAAGAUUUCAAAUUGA